UCUGCACUGCACGUGUGUUUUUAAACUUACCUUCCUACCGUUUAUUAGCUUUACGAGUGAGUUGUUAAUCCUGAGAUAUCCAAAUGGCUAAAUUACUAGCUUACUACAGCUUAUGUCCAAUCAAUGAUAUUCAAGAGUUUCUUGGUCUGUCACGGGAUGUUAAUACCGGCUGCGUUAUAAACACUCUUGGCCGGAACAUAGUUCAAGUUGUUAAGCUAAGCAACCAGAAGCUGCUACAUAGUUGGACGUCACUAGAACGCCUUACCAGUAAAGUGGUUUACGAUUUUCAUUCGGAACGAUAUGUCGGCGUAUUCAAUAAUCGUUACGUUCGUUGUUGGGCUAAAAAUCAGAUUGACAUCAACAAAGUAAAACGGGUUAAAUUUUUUCGCCAGAUAUUACAACUGUUUACGUUGGACAAUGGAAGGGUGUUAGUACUAUACGAUGAUGGCACUUGUGAAUCUUUGCAAAGUGCAGUCGAUACUAGAAAUGAAGAUAGAAAAACUCCGGAUUCUAUAACCAGAAAGCCCAAUAUUGAUCCAGCACGAGAGACUAUCCUUGAAAUUUGUACAGUACCACUUACCACUGGAGAUACUAUGUUGGCAUAUUUUGUACGAGAUUUGACAACUGGUGUUAUAGAGCUACAUUUCACACAGCUAACGAAAGAGAAUUUAAAACCAAGAAAUGGUUUCCGAAAAAUUAAACUAGCUCGGUUGGAAAAGAACGUGCAACUUGUUGGGCAGUGCAUAGUAGAUGGCGAAGCAGGUCCGGCAUUGGUUACAAUCUGGUCCGAUAAACGCAUUUUUUCGGAACUACUACGACUAGAGGAUGAUCCUUCAGAAAUCGUACCCCAAAAUAUUGGCAAUUUCAUAUCGAUUUUAAACAUGAUCAACACCACGCAACCGCUUUCGUUGAUCGGAAUCAGUAAGGACUACAUAGCAUUGUAUGCCAGUAACUUGAAUCAGGAGGGAGCUACUUUAUUUCUGUAUAAUGUUCAGUUCAAAGUGGUGCAGGCAAAGCAAUUCUUUAAAGUAUAUUUCAACAAUUCACGCUUUUGGCUAAGUGAAACUCACAUUUUACUGGCAUUUGGGCAAACAUUGUCUGUCGUUCCGUUUAAAAUCAGUAAAGAACAGUUAUCAGAUAUGGUUGGUAGUCAGAAAAAUCUUGAUAUGCAAAACUAUGUGGAUAAUGAGAGUAUUAACGAGGACUGCGAUUAUGAGGAUUAUUCAUUUGUAGGAACAUUAGAUACCAUCCUAGAUGAUGUGCAAGAAAAGGAAAGCAAAACCGGCACCCAACGAUUCAAAGUAUUUGAAAGCGUUGAGAAUAUUGAAAAAUCUUUAAAAUCCGCUUGUAAAGCUGGUUUACAGCUGGACAUUAUUCGAGACAAUACUCUUCCAGAAGACACCGUUCAAAUGCGCUUGAUGAGCAACGCUGAUAACUCGAUCGGACCGCUCAUAUUUUCCGAGCAGUAUGAAGCAUUUGUUAACGAAAUGGAGAUGCACGGAUUUUGUGAGAUCGACAUUAGUGACAAAAUUUUGCCAAUUAUGAUUGAAGCUAACGCUUCCUUGGAUAUUGGCAAAUGCUUAAAACGGUACAAUAACGUUUCAGAACGUGCGUUGGUUGCCGUACUAAAAUACGCUCUGGCCUGUACAGAUCAACCUGCACAAGGAACAACGAUACCCGACGUUGGAACACUACUUGAGAAAUAUCGAGAAAUUGAAAUGCCACAGUCUAAUAAUUCAGAACAGCUAUCGAACUUGAACGUCAUUCGCAAUAAUGACAUACUUGAUGAGUCCUGUCAUGAUUUAUUGAAUAUUGUUCUUUCCUGCAGUUUCAACCGCAACAGUAUUCUUCCCCUGUUGCGCCAGCACAUCGAUUUUGGAGCUUUACUUCGACUGCUGGAUCACCUAGUACAUUUGCUAACCGAUCCUAUUGCUCAUUUGAUAGAAACUCCAAACGCGGGCACCGAUUUCGACAGCGACGAAAAAGUUGUGCAAUGGUGUACAUUACUGAUAGAUGCGCACUACCAACAAAUCGUCAUGUCACGGGAUGCUUCCGUUAAAUCGAGAAUUGUCCACCUGAUGGAAGUUGUGAACCGACAUACCGACAGUCUGGUUGCGUUGAAAUCUGUUGCGGCAACUGUUCGACAACUAAUUGAAAACAAAGGUGUCAACGGCGAAAAGCGAUAUAAUCAGUGGUAUAAUGUAGAAACCAUUCAGUUAUAUUAAUUUGU